UCGUCCGCAGCUCCGGUGUUGCGAUUUAGCAGGGCUUGCGUGGCUGCGUUCUCAGUUCAAGUGUGGGAAACCUAGCCACCAUUGGAUUAUUCUGCGUUUCUUGACUGGAUAUCUAAGAGUGGGACAAACUUUCGGUGCGUGGAAUUCCCCUCAUUUUAUCAACGGAAAUCGUAACAACCUCAGGAGGAGCUGGAAAAGAAAAAUGCAGCCGCUUCUUUGAUCGACUGCUGGGCUCACUCACUGAAAAGGCGAUGAAUCACCCAGCGGGAACAAAUAACCACUUGUGGUCUAAUAAUUUCAACAUCAAUGAGCAGCAGAACCUCGCCUACAUGUACCACAAUGGGCAGCCCAGAAACCAACAAUUCAAUCGGCAAAUGAAUUACCACACGCAGAAAUACCAGCAUCAAAUAGGAGCUAAUGAUGUGACAUUGCAAAAGCGGGUUCCAAAAAUUAUGCUUAAGGGUUCAAUUGUGAACAACCAAGUCCAGUGGAAGGCUCAUUGUCCAACGCAGACGCAGGACUUGACCAGGGGAACCGUACCUCCCCAAGGACAUGGAUAUUCCUAUUCAACACCGGUGUAUGACCGGCAGCCAAGGCAGGCUGUUGGUCCAACUACCCAAGAAGCCAUGCAUCAGCAACGUUACAUCCAAGAGCACAUGUCUCGUGGACAUGUCCCACCACCUGCUACCUCAACAGCUCCAUCAUCCUCACACAGUAUCCAAAUGGCAGCCACACAAUACGCCCCACCAAAUAGGUCGCUGAAUACAGCACCCCCCUCUAUGGACCCACCAAGCUACUUGAUGUCUCUUUUAAAGUCCCGUAUAAAUAAUAAAGUGACAAUGGCCCUUUCACAUAGCAGAACGGUCAACCAAAUGAACCAAGCGAAUCCUCAACUACAUACAAUUGUAACUACACCACCCACCAAAAACAUGUAUGCACCAAAGCCCCCCAGCUACAACAGUUGCAGUGGGAAAGGAAAAUAUAAAAAUAACUUGAAUGCAAAGCCGCCCCUUUUGAAUCCUGUGACAGAGACGAUCCAAUGUUUGCAGACAAUUGCAGGCGCCCCGCUGGGUGGUCCACAAACCCCUGUCAAUACUCCGACACAUGUCCAAGUUGGCAAUAUUUUAGAUGCACAACGCCAAACUCUCCCGAUAGAUUUGAACGCCACUGAGUGCUGCCUUUCGUCCACCUCCAGCAACAAGGUUGUGGCAGUCGUCCCGCCCAUGUCGCCCAUCCAGCCAACAGUCUCUGAGUCUCCAGACCAAAUACAGAAAAAACAAAUCCUACAUCUUAGCGACUCAGCGAGACCAAACUCAAAGAGCCCGUCGGUUGAUACGUCGGUUAGUCCCGGUGGAUUCCCACCAACGGAAGACUUGACGGUUCCUGUUACACCAACAGAAGGAAGUUUGGUACCAGAAGUGAAAGACAGAAUCUCAAAUGCGGUCGUUCGCAAAUCACUUCAAAGAACUACAGAAUGGACUGCUGAAGCCUUGGAGAAACUGGUGCAAAGUGUGUGUGAAGAGAACACGCAUGAAUGUCCCGAUGUUUUCCAGAAAAUCAUUGAUUUGUAUUGGGAUGGCAGCAUGAACGGGCUUCUCAAAGUCCUCAGGCCAACCAAUCAUCGUGCUGUCAUGGAGGAAAUAGCUAAAUUCUGUUCUUAUACAGUUAAACCGGAUACCGUCAUAUGCAGGAGUGUAGACGACCAUUACCUGAAGCAGCCGUUGAGGUUUCACGUCUUAAAGGACAAUGAGGUAUACACAGAGGCACCGUAUACGUCCUCAUGGUUGAACACGAAUGAGAAUCUUGAUGACAUUGACAAAGAGUUUGGCUUCCCUCCGAAGCAUCAUUUCCUGCCUCGUAAGGUGGAAGUCCCUCCAGAACCACACAGUUCUUCAGUGAAGAUCCCAAGUGAAACCUUGCAGCAGCCAGAAUCGCGACCCGAGGAAACCCGAAACACUUUCACUGACGAGACUCCUCCAGAUGAAAACCCACCGAUGGAUUCAGACUCUAAGGAAGUCAAGACUGACCCACCCACUGAGCCACUGACCCUACCCACCCCUAAACCUGCAGACCGUCCCGAGACAUCUCCAGAGUGUAUUGAAGAAAAUGACCCCAUGUACGCUCUUGGUAUAGAAGUUAUGUCUCCAAGUGCAGCCAGAGCCAUCUUUGAGCAGGCCCUCCCACCCCCAGAAAGGGAAAAUCAGUCAGAGGAAGAGGCUCCGGUGGAGGAGAACGAAGAGCCCAAGUGUACAGAAGAAGUCGAGAUUAUAGAUUUAUGUGAUGACGACGAGUUAGUGCAGGACAAAGUGCCUAAAAUAGAGCAGGUCUGCUGCAUUGCAAAGUGGAAGCAGUUGUUUCAGUGUCCCAGUGAAUCUGCAUGCGCAUGUGAGUGUAAACUGCUCAAGGAGGAACAGAAGGCACAUUUGGAGAUUGACAACAAAGAAUUUCACAAGACCCUGGAAGGGAGUCGCGUGAUCUCCAUUGAUUGGAACCCCAUGGCCGAGGUCAUCGAUAUCACUGAUUCAUGGGAUGAGUGUCCGAAGCCAGAUUCACCAGCAGAGGAACCGUCUGAACCCGAGCAGACGGAUGUUAAGAGCGACCUACUGGUGCAGACGCACUCUCUGGAGCAGCCACCAGAUUCCCACUCCGAUAGUGAAAGCACAGAAGCAGAUUUGGGAAGUGAUGACGAAGCCUUUGGUGAGACUUCAACCUGCGGGACGUCUCAGAAGGCCUCCCCAGUGCCAUCACAGCAUGAUGAGCCUGAGAGAAAACACGCCACUCAGGCUCCAGUCCAUGAUGAGCAAACCGCAAGAAAACGGAAAAUAACUCAUGAAGAUGAAAACAACCCAAUCCCGGCGAAGGUCCAAAAAACCAAGACCCUGGAACUUCUUUCGAGGCGAGUGCAGAAGAUUUCCAAGCUGAGAAACAUGGACAGCGAAGAGCCCGAUGCUGAGGAGAUCCAAACAGCUCAGCUGGUGCUCUACGGCUCGCAACCAAAAGGCAAAUGUGCGGAAGGUGAUAGUGCCCAGCGCCUCACGUUUUCUGGCUGCGCUGAUUUCAAAAAGCCACCAAAAGUGGUCUCAGUCAAGUUGCACAAAAGCAAGGAGGGAAAAUCUUCGAAAAAGCACCGUUCAGAUAUCCGGCACUUGGACCAAAGUCCUAAAAAAUCUGAAAAACCCUUAAAAAAAGUAAGGUUUGAUCUCCGUAAAGACUCGUCCAAAAUGAAGGAUUCUCAAAAGCAAAGCCUGAUAAGACCAUUCUUAGUCUCGACCCCUAUCUCAAGCAGCAAUCAUGCCAACAAGGGCAAGUCUGAAGACGCACAUGUGAAGCAGAAAAAAUCGCCGCAGACAAGUGAUGCUGAUUUCUCCGUGUCUGAAAGAAGAUCCAAGGGAGCUGAAAAACGACUGAAAAGACUGAAGAAGAAGCUGGCCUACUCCAACUCUGUGAAAAGUCCAGACAAAGAUAUAUACUCACCCAAACUGCUUAGCAGACAAGCCAGUGGAAGUGGCACUUCUUCACCAGCUCCCAAGCACACGCUGAAGUUCAGUGUGUUACCGGAAUCCUUCUCCUUUAAUGAUGGCUCCAGCUCCACGAGGGACUCGCCCAAAGCUGGCCAUAAGCCUGAGGAUGACAAGCAGGACAAGGGUGCCUCCUUCUCCCGAGAACGUAAAGUCGGUACCGGGGGGUUAGAAAACAAGAAGCCCAAACCACCGUGCACUCCCACCCAACCAGGGCGUCUCAGGAAGAAGCAUCGGCAGAAACAUCCGCUGUUGCUGUGUUGAUACUUGAAUGUAGGAUAGUGUUCAUCACGGGACUUCUGGAGUCCCUUUUUUGUUUGCACAUGAAUUUUUAUAUUUUUAUACCUGUUGAAAAGUGCCUAUUUUCCCAAGUGCCCUCAUUUUGUAAAUAAAUGUUUUCUUUAAAAAAAGUCUUACUUUGUAUUAACUAGCUAUGCGCUGCACAAUUACUAUGUCAUGACUGAAACACCUGAUUCUAG